CUAAUUUCUUUAAAGCUCUGUUUUCAGGAAAUUUUUCUGAGAACUUUUUACCUCCAGAGGAUCAGUGGAAUUUGAUCUGAAGGCUGGCCAUGACAUCGCAAGGCCAAAGUUUGAAUUCCACUUUAGAUGAUAACUGUCAAGUGAACUUCCGAGGGACGCUUCUGACUAUUGAUUCGUACCUGGGGGAUCAAGAUGUGGAGCGCCUGAAGUUUCUCUGCCGAGACUCCAUCGCCUCCAAGAACCUGGAGAAGUGCGGCUCAGCCUUGGAUAUCUUUGAUUACCUGAUGGCAGAGGAGCGGCUGAGUGAGGAAGACCCCUUCUUCCUCGCGGAGCUCCUCUACAUCAUCAAGCAGAAGGUCCUGCUUCGGCACCUGCGCUACACCAAGGAACAGGUGGAGCACUGGCUGCCUGGCCGCCGGAAGGUCUCUCCGUUCAGAAACCUGCUCUAUGAACUGUCAGAAGACAUCAGCUCAGAGAACUUAAAGAGCAUGAUCUUCCUUCUGAGGGAGUCGAUUCCAAAAGUCCAGAUGACCUCUCUAAGUUUCCUGGCAUAUCUGGAGAAACAAGAUAAAAUAGCUGAAGAUAAUCUGACAUUACUGGAGGAUCUCUGCAAAAAAAUUGUACCUAAUCUUAUGAGAAAGAUAGACAAAUAUAAAAGAGAGAAAGCCUCCCAGGUAGUGGCAUCUUCUGUAGCCAAGGAAACUGAGUCAUUGCAUCAAGGAGAGAAAGAACUAUUUUCCCGCUCGGACAUUAACCAAUUGCUUGGAGCCUUGCCGCAGGAGGUGUCCUGGCAAGAUGAGCAUGCACAGAGAAAUGGUGACAGAGCAACCCCGGUCUCCGUGGAGAUGUUGGGAGCAUCUGUUGACACUCUAACUUCUGAAACCAGCACAAAGGAGACAGCUGUGUACAGGAUGGAUCGGAAACACAGAGGGCUUUGUGUUGUUGUCAAUAACCACAGUUUUACCUCACUGUCAAAAAGACCAGGGACCAAUAAAGAUGCUGAGUGCCUGAGGCGCGUGUUUCAGUGGCUUGGGUUCAGCGUGCAUAUUUAUGUUAAUGUGACUAAAGACCGCCUAGAGGAGGUUCUGCAGCAAUUUCAGACUCAUCCAGGCCAUGCUGAUGCAGACUGCUUUGUGUUCUGUGUUCUGACCCAUGGGAAAUUUGGAGCUGUCUACUCUUCUGAUGGGGACCUCAUUCCCAUCCGGCAGAUCAUGUCUCACUUCACAGCUCAGCAGUGUCCUGCUCUGGCUCACAAACCCAAACUCUUUUUCAUCCAGGCCUGUCAAGGUGAAGAAAUACAACCUUCCGUAUCCAUUGAAGCAGAUGCAGUAAAUCCCGAGCACGUGCCCCCUUCCCUUCAGGACAGUGUUCCUGUUGAGGCGGAUUUCCUUCUUGGCCUGGCCACUGUCCCCGGCUACGUGUCCUUUCGGCACGUGGAGGAAGGUAGCUGGUAUAUCCAAUCUCUGUAUAAUCAUCUGAAGGACUUGGUCCCAAGACAGGAAGAUAUCUUAUCCAUUCUCACCGCUGUCAACGAUGAUGUGAGUCGACAAGCGGACAAACGCGGAAAAAAAAAACAGAUGCCGCAGCCUGCUUUCACACUACGUAAAAAAGUAGUAUUCCCUGUGCCACAGGGAGAACUUUUACUAUAGUAGAAAGUUUUGAUCGACGCUUAAACUUGAAAGGACCCUUUGGGCAUCACUUCCAACCUCCCACCCGUCAUAGAAAUCAGUGACAGGUAGUGAGCUGGCCUCCACCUGUCAUUCUAGUAGAAGAACAUGCCUUAUUUUCUGACACAACAAAAUCUGUUUUUUUUUUUGUUUGUUUUUUGUUUUGGAUAAGUCUAAAUGGUAGAAAACUUUCUUUAUUGGAGCCUUGGACUGUAGUCUUGAAUUUAGUUGGGCACCCCGAGAAAAAAGUGAUUAGCCUCGGUUUGUGCAUCUGUGAAGUAAAAGGUGGGACCGGGUAUAUUUUAAGGUUCCUUUUAGCUCAGAACCACUGUUCGUGGCCUUGACUGAGCUUAGAUUUCCCUUCUAUAUAUGCUCACCCCUUGUUAUAAUUCUGUAUCCCCUCUGCAUGGUCUUGUUUUGGACACUGGAUGAUGAUGAGAUCAUGGUUCAAUGACCCUCUCCCUGUUCUCCCCUAAAAUUUGAUCUCUGCCACACCCAUUUCCUGCUUUAGUGUAAGGAAGGUGUUUCUGCAGGCAGUGUUUCUCCUGGGCCGGGAACAGGGUUGGCUCUCGGAAGAUGACAGCUCAGCGUGAAGACAGACACAUUCAGCUGCUCUGGGAGCACAGACUUUACAACCUUGUAUUAAAUUCCAUGUUGGUCAGGACCUUUCAGACAUCGCUGAUAGAGCACCCACCUCACACCAACUAAAGCAAAAAAGAAAAUGGGUUGCUUCCUUCACCUGAAAACACGUGAACGCGGAGACUGGCUUCAGGUGAGGCUUGAAUCAGGACACAAUCUGCACACAGCAUCUGUCUUGGUCAGAGUCCUCAGGGUUGGCAGCUGACUGUAGUCAACAGCCCCUGCCUUUGCUCUAACACGCUCUGCUCCUCUGACCCAAAGUGAUGAGGAGAGAGGCGGCCUCAGGGACUGAAGGUGUUCACAGGGCUUGUUGCUUUCUCUAGCCAGGCAGUGUCUGGCUAUGCCUUCUGGAGGGGGUGGCUCUGUAUGGAAGCCUUGAUACUUUAAAAAUUAAGGUUGUGAACACUCCUAUGUACUGAACUUUUUUUUUGGUAAAUUUCAAGAGGAAUUUUUAAUUCUUGGAAGGAAUUAAAUGUUAGUUCCUGGAAGGAGGGAGAUUGAAAGUCCUGUGGUUAAUGACUUCAUUUAUAGAUGAAGAAACUGAAGCCCAAGGAGACAGAGUGAUUUGCUACAGCAUCCAGCCAGCUAUUGUUUACAGGAUUUUAUUUCCCACUUAACUGAACUGGAAUGUCAUGGGUCAUAACAGGACUUUAUGAACAUUUCUUGGAUAUGUAGGUGCUCAUGAAAGAUGUCAGGGAAUGAAGAAAAAAUAACUCUGAUGCUUGAUUUUAUAAUUAUUUUUAUGAAAGUCAAAUUAAUGUCUGGCAAAUUUGCAAUGAGAAAUAUUCAUAAGAACCUUGUUAUAAUAUAGCUAGUAAUUACAUAGAUUUGAAUGUAGGUUGACCAAGGAAACAAAUCUCAUAUAUAUGUCAGGAUGAUCUUCCAAAAUCAUUGUUCAUACAAGUCAAAGCUAACAGCUGGUGGGUACAGUCUUUGUCCAAUUGGAUAUACACAGCUUUUGGCCCUCUAACUGUCCCUUGCUAGUUGAAGGAUGAUUUGGUACAAAGGAAAGAGCAAAGGGUCUGGAGAGAGAAGCCUUGGGUUUCUGUUGUAUGCUGUGAUUCCCUUCCUCUGAGACACUAAAUCAAGCUAGUUUUUUGAGCCUUAUCUAUAUAGCAGAGAAGUAUUAUCUGUUGGGAGGAUUAAGGUUUAAAUCUAAUUGUGGCAUGGUGCAUAUAAGGCCCAUGUUAGCAGUAUUCUGGUCGUAACCUUAAUGGAAGUAGCAGGGUUUGAGUUCCUUUGCAUCUAAUUCCUGCUGACUUUUAGCUUCAAAUCAACAGUAGCAACACCCGCUGAUAUUCUCUGACUGAGGAACAACGAGGCCAGCUCUUGGCUCUGAGUCCGGCUGGGCAACACAGGUGAUGCAUUCUCUUGCAUCAGAAAUAUGUGGGGCUUGAUGUUGAAGUCCUGGGCCUGUGGUCUAUUUUAUAUUUCUGUUUCACUGGAACUUAGUGCAUGUGCAGGGUUAAAUUCUAGAAUCAGGAAACUUUCCAUGAACUUUCUUUACAGAGGCCUCCAGCAAGCACGUGAGGAAUCACUAGACAUUUAUGCCUGUGAGUCAUGGGUCUAUACAGACAGCAGGAGUGCAAUCGUUCUUGGCUCAUUUUUCCUAAAUGGAGCAUAUACACACUUGGCCCUUGUCUGUAUUUGUGUGUGUGUGUGUGUGUGUGUGUGAAUUUAGAGUCCAGAGACAAAAGGAAGUGAUCGAUCACGACCAUUUGGCAGUGCCUACAGCCGUUGUCUUUCCAGACAUUUAUGAUGAAAAUGGCAGAUGGAAUAAGGUUUCUGUAUAUUUUGCCUAGUUUUGCUCAACCUACAAGAGCUGUAGUUAAUUUUUUCUUUUUUUCUCUUUUAUCACUCAAAAGUUUGGCUUCUACCAAACAAAAUGAAAGACAUGAAAACUUUUGAUAGAGUAUUAUGCAAAUGUUAGUUAUUUAAUAAUGAUACUACCGAUGUUUAGCAUCAUUAGGACUAUUAGUCACUACAGCAUCCUACUGGCGUCUGCUUCAGGGACUCACCAUGGUGGUGGGCAGGUUUGAUAUCGUGGCAUUUCCCUUAGCAAUAUAAUUAUUCCCCCAAUACUCAGGUAAUUUAAACAUAUACGCAACUAGUACAUUGUGGUUACUGACCAAUCAGACCAGACACUGAUCAGUUUAACACAACAGUGAAUGAGGCUGAAUAGCAGCCAAAGAUCAGUGAUCAAGUCUCCGCUGAGGUGAACCAAAUUAGACAUUUACCUCAUUUUAUAGACGACUUGUGUGCCAUAUCUGAUUAACAGAAUUUUCCAGGUUGGAUACUUUCUGAGUGACCUAGUCAAGUUCUCAACCUGAAAUUCUUGGGCCCUUAGGUUUUUGUGGAUUUAUCUUCAGGGUCUGAGAGUCCUCCACCUUCAUUUUUAAAUGUUGUCAUUCCUUGUGGGGGUAAUCUUUAAAAAUUAAUACAAGUGCCCUUCAUUUUUAAAUGUUGUCAUUUUUAAAUGUUGUCAUUCCUUUUGGGGGUAAUCUUUAAAAAUUAAUACAA